ACCUUUUUAAUACAUGACUUACAACUUAAGGACCUAUAUUAAUUAAUAUUUGACAACAAAGAGACAAAAGCAUCAAACUACACCACGCAAUGGUGAAUUUGGAAUAUCUGGCCGUCUCUAUAUAUUUGAUUAGGCCAAUUGGGUAAGAAGACACACAAAAAGCAAAGCUUCUCUAAAUUCCAUUUUUCUCUUCUUUCUUUCUGAAUCUGCUGUCUUAGCCAUGACUAGAAAGAAGGUGAAGCUCCAAUACAUAUCCAAUGAUUCUGCAAGGAAAGCCACCUUCAAGAAAAGAAAGAAGGGUCUCAUGAAGAAGGUGAGUGAACUCACCACCCUAUGCGGGAUUGAUGCCUGUGCGAUUGUCUAUAGCCCAUAUGACUCCCAACCGGAGAUCUGGCCUUCCCCCGGUGGAGUCCAGCGUGUCCUGUCCCGGUUCAAGAAGUUGCCGGAGAUGGAGCAGAGCAAAAAGAUGGUGAAUCAGGAGAGUUUCCUGAGGCAGAGGAUUGCCAAGGCCAAUGAGCAGCUAAAGAAAAUGAGCAAGGAUAACAGAGAGAAGGAGAUGACGGAGGUCAUGUUCCAGGGGCUCGCUGGAAAACCCCUGCUCAAUCUGAACCUGAUGGAUUUGAAUGAUCUGGGGUGGCUGAUUGAGCAGAAUCUCAAGGAUAUUAACAAAAGGGUGGAUUUGCUCACUAAAGGACCUCAUAACUCCCAAGUCCCACUGUCAUCCACUAUGGCAGGCGCAUCUGGAACGAUGGUGGCACCCCCUGACGCGGCGCUCGACAGGACAGGCGGCAUGGAGAUGAACAUGGAUGCAAUGCAGAGGCAGCAGCAAUGGUUCACAGACAUGAUGCACAGUCAUGACCAUGUGGGAUUUGGAGGGGAUGACAUGAUGUUCCCUUUUGCGGAUGGCAACCACAAUAAUCUUUGGUCAAAUCCAUUUUUCCCUUGAGAACAAUGUGAUUUUAUGUCCUAGGGUAUAUGGGGAUGAGACAUAUAUUGGUCAUCUCUUCAUUUUAUUAUCAUAUGCAUGCCUGUUUUCCUGUUACCAUUAAUUUCAAUCUUAGAACAAUGCUAUCUAGUUUAAUUUGUGUGUUUGGUCCUCUGAUAAGCACAACAAGUUGGAUUAAUAUAUCAUGUCCUUGCUAGGCUGAUAUCAACAUCAAGUAUAUCAGUUAAACAAAAAAACGGUACUGAAGUAUGGAAUGUCUUGCAUAUGAAUAAAAAGAAAGGCUGUGCUUCUUUUGAAUGGCGUUUCUUGACUAGAAGAUGGUGUGCUCAGUUCAUAAAGGAAUUGAACUAGAGAUAUUAGGUUGUGCUUCUUUUGAAUGGCAUUUCUUGACAAGAAGGGGGUAUACUCAGUCUAUAAAGGAAUUGAACUAGA